AUGACACGCACAGACCCACCUGACAUACUGGUAUCAACUGUGCAUCAAGACAUAAAAGUAAUUCCUAUUUCUUCACACUUCAAGUCUUUGCAGCCUUUCACACAAUGUGAUGCUAUAAAUGUCAACACACUGGAGGACAGUAUAAGUACAGUCAAUAAGAGGCACUGCCUCACUUUUGACUCCAGGUCAUUAGAAUACCCCAAAUCCCACAAGUACGCAAUGGAGUCUCCAUUCAGAAAGACAGAUAGGCAUGCAGCCAACCCAGACGUGGCCUGGAAUGCCUUGGGCCGGCAGCAGAGGUACCGCUUUUCAGCACCAGAUAUUUUCAGCCAUAGGCUCACUCCUCAGCCAAUGGGAGCGGACAUUUCCACUGAAGUAGUUUCUGAGCAAAAAAAAAGGACUAGAUCAAAAAGUGCCCCUCGCGUCCAAACACACUUCACUCCAGUGUCUUUUGAAAGGACUCCGUCUUCAGGGAGAAAAGGGAGGGAGUCACACAGGACUCCUCGGGAAGCCCGAUGGAGACCCGAAGUAUCGCCACGUAGAGACUCGUCUCAUGCUGCUACUAGGGCUCACGUGCAUGAAAUGCACCCUCUUAAGCUACAGCCUCAAAUGGCUGACAGCGCUCGAUAUUCUCCACAUUAUGGUGCUGAUAAUUUGGAUGACAGAGGGAGUGAAAAACCUGCCACUAGCCCUCAUGUCAGGUGUCGCAUGGACAUCAAACCUGACAAUGGUGCUGUUCAGCAUUCAAAACAUAAACAGGCUUCCCCCAACAUGGACAUCCCGUGGCAGAGGCAUCACAGCAGUGGCACCAGGAGCUUGACUGUGCCUCGACAUUUCUCCUACUCCCGAACACCAACACCAACAGACUCUGACAGCAGACAUGCCUAUCAAUACUCACGUAGCAUGCCAAACAGUUAUCUACAACCAGUGGAGGUUUCUGUGCAGAGAAUGCCUUCUUCAACUGAAUAUUAUGGCAGAGAACGAAGAGCUCAUUCCAGUCCUAAUGUGCCAACCAGAUUUUUUUAUGCAGAUGACACUAACAGAUAUGUCACUACUGCUCCACCUCAGCCAAGCUCUUACUACCAUGAUGAACGCUACUCUCCAGGUCGCUCAUACUCACACUCUCCUAAAGUACAAUAUGUUCAAGAUCCAAGGACACGAUUGGUGCAUGCAGUAUCCACAAAGCCCUAUUACCCAGAGAUGGAGUCAUACCCAUACUCUGGUUAUCCUAAACCGUAUGGGACCAAUGAGCCUGGGCCAUACAUCAUUCAAACACCUCCUGCAAGAAUAAUCUAUGGGGAUGAUCCAAGAUCUUAUCAAAUACAAACAGCCCCACCAAGGUUCUAUUAUCCAACAGAGAUGUAUGCUAUGGCUCCAGAGCACCACAUCCCAUCCAGAGCCUAUUACACGGAGGGACGCAGACAUGCCAGAGUAAUACAGGCUCAAGCUGAUGAAUGGUAUGGCUCAGACGCAUCCGGAUAUUCCACUAACCCUGCUUCUUAUGUGUCACAAGUUACUCCAACCAGAGUCCAACAAGAGCCAGCCUUAUCAUCAUGGUAUACUAAUCCAUGUGUGGAGCCCCCAAGAAUUGGUACAGAGGCCAAAUCCUACUCUAGAUCUUGGGACAACAUCCUUAACUCUCGUGUUGAGCGGGAACAGCCUGUUCAUCGUGGACAGAGCUUUGAUGAUCUUCUUGAGUCCAGGAAGCACCCUACAGAAACAGAUGACAAGCCACAACCAGUGGUGGUAAAUCUCUCUAGUUCACCAAGACGCUAUGCUGCUCUGUCCAUGUCUGAUAAUUCGCUGGUUGACAAAAGCCCAACAGAGGCUUCAAAGAGCCCCACCAGUAAACUCUGGUUUGUAACACCAGAAAUAACAAUAACGGACAACGAUAUACGACCGGGAAACCUCACCAAGGCAGAUGGGAGGUCUGCUAGUUGGGACAUUCUUGACUCUAGAAGCACAGAUGGCCCAGAGCACUCUCAGCAUGGGUUUGAAGGACCAACCAAAGAAAAAACACAUGACAAUGCCUCACUACAGCAGAGCCUUGAGCAGCUCGAUGAGCUUCUAGCAGAUCUUGUGACUGACUACAAACCCCCAAGCCGAAGGACCAGUGAGGACAUUCUAGAUCAGCUGAAGAAGUUAAUCGACGAAGAGGAGGCAGUGUCUCUUUGUAGAAAAACCCCAAAGGUGUGUGUGGAGGAGCCCCCUCCUCUAGACAAACAGCCCACUUCCAUAAGGAUGACCUCAGACUUUAGGGACAUGGAUGGAGCAAGUGAUGCCAUGAAGAGUGCAGAUGAAUGCUCCCCAGAUCAAAGUCCCGAUGAGGAUGAUACCAUGAUGUGCUCCAACAACAAAUGUCGAAGAACUGAGACUUUAUUUAAUGCAUGCUUGUACUUUAAAUCCUGCCACAGCUGCUACACUUAUUACUGUUCCAGAAACUGUCGCCGAGAGGACUGGGACUUACAUAAGGAGAGUUGCUUAUAUGGCAGAAUUGGUAGCACAUGCCGCCACAUCAUCAAACACUGCCGGGAGACUGUUGAUGUCCACAAAGCCUUCUCUCGUAUCGCUAAAGUUGGCUAUCUUUCCCGAGGCAGAGGAGUGCUGUUCCUGGGCUUCCCAAACCCGGCCUCCUCUAGUAACUUUUUACAAUAUGGACUGGAUAGUUUACAUAUGUCCCCCACGUACCUUUCCCUUCGAGAACUUGAGAGUUUCAAAGACAACCUUGGUGAAUACUGCAAAGAGCUACAAGAAGCAGGGAGAGAGUAUGACCCCAAUGAAUGUUUCAUUUUGAAUGUAUCUAUUGCUGUAGGAGAUCAGCUGCCUGAUGGUCCAUCGCCAAGGAACCAAUCAGCCGCCAUGUUGUAUCCAAUGCACUGGCAACAUGUUUACAUUCCUGUUCUGCCUCAACAUCUGUUAGACUACUGCUGUGCCCCAAUGCCUUACCUAAUUGGAGUGCAUUCCAGCUUAAUGGAGAAAGUUCGGGGAAUGUCUCUUGAUGAUGUGGUGAUCCUCAAUGUGGACACUAACACACUGGAAACUCCUUAUGAAGACCUCCAGAGCCUCCCUAAUGAUGUGGUUUCCUCUCUAAAAAGUCGACUGAGAAAAGUAUCAACAACAACAGGUGAUGGUGUGGCACGGGCCUUUUUGAAGAGCCAGGCUGCUCUAUUUGGCAGCUACCGAAAUGCCCUGCAGAUUGAGCCGGGCGAGCCAAUCACCUUUAAUGAAGAAACAUUUAUCAACCAUCGGUCAAGUGCAAUGAGGCAGUUUCUUCAAAAUGCGAUUCAGUUGCAACUAUUCAAACAGUUUAUUGAUGGCCGUUUGGACCUUUUAAACUCAGGAGAAGGCUUUAAUGACAUUUUUGAAGAGGAGAUCAACAUGGGAGAAUAUGCAGGAAGUGACAAGACCUACCACCAAUGGUUGUUUACUGUUAAGAAAGGCGGUGGUGCAAUCAUUAACACAGUGAGGACUAAAGCAAACCCAGCUAUGAAAACUGUCUAUAAAUUUGCUAAAGAUCAUGCCAAAAUGGGUAUCAAGGAGGUGAAGAGCCGACUGAAACAAAAGGAACAGGCAGAAAACGGCUUCCCCACAGCUGGAUCAGUGGUUAUAGACAAUGAGAGCACUUCUGAGGUAACAUCUGCCCGAGCUAUCAGGAGAGAGGGGCCACUGCACACCUGGGAUGACCGCAGACCAAUCACUAUGCACUUUGGACAGAAUCGACCACCAAUGUUGUUAAAAAGACCAAGCAGUAAUGUGAGUUUGGAGGCUGCGGUGGAUCCACUAGCUCAGCCGUACCACUCGCUAAAAGAAGUGGAGUUAUUAGAAGGUGAUGAUAAUGGCCCAGAGCGACAUACUGCUCCUUCAAGUCCUGUUAAUGAAAAGUUCUCCAAUAUCAACCUGUUGGGGGAUAUUUUUGGUUGCCAAGAUGAACCUGACAGCCAACCUAUUACUCUGGCUAAAAGUCUGGAGGAUUUGAGGACGCCCAAAGAAACUGACGAUGUGCAAUCUAAGUUCACAUAUCAGCGUAUGGACCUGAGCAUUGGUGAACAUUCACGGACACUUCCGGGGCUAAAACUGUCCAACCCGUAUAACAAGCUUUGGAGCAUGGGGCAGGAUGAUGCUGCUUUGCCCAUCUGUGUGCCUCCCCCUUGUGACAGACCACCUUCAGUUACCCUCGCUGAAGCUCCCUCUCCAAGUCGUGAAAUCCUCACCCUAGGCCAGGACAUUCCAGACCUCACUAACACCAGCAACAUCACCAUUCCCCGGCCUCAAGGGAGGAAGACACCGGAGCUGGGAGCUGUGUUGGCUCCUCCAGUGGCUCAAGUCAAGUCCAAACCAGCUGAGGGAAGGACUACACCCGGAGGACAGGAGUUCAGACAAGCCCUGAGCCGGACAUCAGAUGUGGACUUUCUGAAGCCCUCAAAGACCGGAGAGGGCAGCUUGGAUCUGAUCAGCCUUUUGGACCCUCUCAACAGUUCAUCAGUGAAUGACAAGACCGAACACAGCACCCUCUCAUCAAAUAAACCAAUGCUCCCACCCCGACCUUACCCAACAGGGCUGCCCCCUUUUCCAGUGCAGCCUCAAAUAUCACUCAACCCAUUUGCCUCAUCUCUUCCACAAACCCCUCCUCAAAUACACUAUUCUCCCAUAGCCAGUGGUAACCCCUUUACUGCAGUCUACAGGCCCCCACCUCUGGGCCCCUGUCUACACGCUCCACAGACACUGCCUGGUCUGUACAGGCAGCCUUCACCAGGGGGCUCCACUGUGUCCCCCAAUUAUGGACUCGUGCACACAGCCUUCCUUCCAUCUGCCUCCACCCUGCCACAGUCCUCCAGUAACCACUCUCUGUCCAAUUUGGCAGACUGUAUGACUGACCCACUCCAGAGCAGACUGACAAAAACACUUCAGACUGAGGCAGAAACCAGAAAGAGUCAGGAUCCUUUUGGGGACCUGCUCAGUAUGGUUCAACCCACUGCUACUCCAAAAAUGAAGGUAGAGGACCUAAGGAGGAAGUGGGAAACAUUUGACUGACUUAACUGUGUGUGUGCACUGAGUGUGGCCACGUAACCAGAUGAUUCCUCUGUUAAUAAUACAUGUAGAGUGCCUUCAACAUUUGUUGGUAGAAAAUAACUAUUGCAUAUUAUAAUUUUUCCUCGGUUAAAAUGCUUUGAAGCGUAAUUCUUAAAACCCAACACAGAAUGAAACCUGUAACAGAAAGCGUUGGAGGAGUCCUGUUGCAUGUAGCACUGAAACUAUUAAGUACUUCCAAACAAUGUGACACAGCAUUCUCUUUGUAGUCCUUUACAUCUCUUCAUUCUUAUACUUAGUUUUGCCUCUUUACAGAUUGUCAAACUUUCUGAUACUUCUGCUCCAAAAUAUCUUACUAUUCUUAAUCUGACUGUACUAAAGAUUUUAGAAGGUUAAAAUUACAGAGCAGUUUACAAAAAUGGUUCUACAGAUCACAAUCAACUAAAACAAUACUUAUAUUUGUUAAUUGAUUGAACCACUUUGUGAAUCCUUGUUCAUCCUUUGUUUUUAAUCAAAAUACAGAUUUACGUAUGAGGAAUAAUCUGGUUACAGCCCACCCGGACUGUCCACACUCUGCAGCUGACCAAAGGCUAAUAGGUUUGAACUGAUGUGAUGAGGACUGGUCAUUCAGCCACAGCAACCUCUAUAAGACUCCUGGUUCAUUUGUGUGUUUUGCUUUCUACUCUUAAACAAACUUGUUCUUGUUUUUAAUAUAUCCAGAUGCCAACUAUCCAUGGCCCAUUGCCUCUUGCUUACAGUUGAAAAAUCAUUUGCACUAUUUGUAGUGGUGUGGUUAUGUGUAAUGCACCACGUUAGAGUAGAUACAAUAUUAGUAAUUUAGUACUCAAUUUGUCUUGCUUAAAUACCUAAUAUCUGUAUACCUUUGUAAUAAACCAAAUUUACAACGGGCAAGUUUGUAACAAGUCCUCUAUUACAACAACUCUUUGCAUUGUGGUAUGUAGCUACAUAGUGUGGUGCAUUUCAGUUGCGCUUAGUCUAUCCUUGACAAGUUUGACAAGCUUCAUGCACACAGGUCUUUGUUGGGCCUUUUAUGAAGGAUUUAUCUGUGAGUUUGUUUUGCUUUCUGUUUUUCUAUAAAGCACUGGAAAAUAUUAUUAUAUGAUCUCACUGUCCCUGAAUCAAUAUCAGACCUGUCAGUUUGAUGAAAGUCUUGUUUGCUGACUAUUUUGUGAAAGCAUUAUUACUCCUUUGCACUGCUUCUUUUUGUCUUUGUUUUGUUACAAUUGCCAAAUACUACUGCACAUAUCUGUUAUUGUUACGAUACAUGGAAUAUUAAAUGAUCCCAAGAUUUACUCUUGUAAAGUAGGUUGACAUAGACUGAUUCACUAAAAUCUGUACUUAUAAUACAUGUAAGGCCGAAGUAGAACAAUAUCAAUAAUUAACUAUAUGACAGGUUAAAAUAUUGUUACAUCUGUGCAAUUUAAAAUAUGUAGUGCUGCCCACUAAUCUAAUUUCUUUCUGCAGAAUAGAAAGCAUUUUGUUUUUAUCUGAUUUUAUCCAUUGCAUCCUAGUACUUGGACUUGACAGUACAUUCAUAUGUUGCUGGUUAUCACCACAUGUAUAUUGUGAUAAUUAAGAUAAUUUGUUCUUAAUUGUUAUAAUUAUUUAUCUGUCUUCAUUCUUUGUUGUUGUGAAUACUUUUUACAUUUUGCUUACAGUUAUGAUUAAAUUUUGUGUGCCCAAGCAGCUA